AUGAAUUCCUCUACUGCUUCUGAACCACUUAUUAUAUACCAAUUUCGAUCGUUUCUUGUUCUUUUUGCUCAAUCCCAAUUAGGAAGCAUGCUGCACCAUGUUACUUCUUACAUCAACUAUGAGGUUUCUCCCCGGGAUCUGGGAAAUGUGCAUAAGUACACCCUUUGUUCUCCGUACUCCGCUCAAACUUCGCUAUUGUUUCCUGCUUCAUCUCAUGCGGGCGCCCCACACUAUUUUACUCCAAAACUUUUCUACGCGGGGCGGUCUCCACCCGACUGGAAUAAAGAAAGAGCUGAAAUGUUGGAUUUCGAUCUUUUCAAAAUACCGAAUAUAACGUUCGAAAGUUCAGAGUCAAAAACAGAGCAAAGCAUAUAA